GUGCACAGAGCUGGGUUAACCACAUGUAGAGUUAUGGGGAGGGGAGGGUGAUGAAGGUGCAGCCAUCUUCACAUGAAAACUGAAAGUACAUUAAAUGCCAUCAUGGGCAGGAUGCAGAAGAAGGCAAACGUGGCAGAUGUACAACAGUUACCUGACUUUUGAAAUACAAAAUAUUUCUGCGCAUUACACCAGGAAGCUUCUUGAGGAUCUAUGUCUGAGGAGCAUGUCUGCUUCCUAUUUUAGCACCAUUGGUAUUUUGAACUCUUAAGCAACAUCUGUGAAGUGUGUAGAAAGGAAGAGCUCAAAACAGAAGAUUGCAACAUGUGGAGAAAUUUGCUAAUAGUGUAGAGAAGAGAGGGCACAUGAACUAACUGAACCAGCCCAACACAUUUAUACAUGCACAUAAAUGUGUCCAAAUGCUUGUGUCCAGGGCAGUUCACAGUCAAGUUAAUGGGACAACAGCCAUCCCGUGGAGGAGCAGCAGGAGGAAACUGUCGCUGCUGGAGCAGUUGAAGGGCUGUCAGGAGGCCUGGUGCCCUGGGGCCCCCUGGGAUAGAGAAGGGGCUCACGCUGCUAUCAGUGGAACACCUGCUGGGAGUUUCCUGGUUCUGCGGGACUCUGUGACGUCUCAGCCCAUCCUGCUGUGUGUGUCUGCUGGAGGAGAGAAUGGAGCUGUUCUUGAUUAUAAUAUCGGAAACAAAGGCACAGUGUUCCAGUUGAAUGACUCUCGUCUUUCCUUCUCUGACUUGGCUCAGCUUGUGCUCUUCUACUCUCUGACCAGGGAUGUGUUAGCCGUUUGUCUGUCAAUCCCUCGCUGGAUCUACAGCGUAACCGACAAGAACAAAGAUCGUCUGUCUCAACUUGAACCCGACACUUGGCUCUCACCGCCUGAGCAGCAGACUGAUGAAAUGACCAACAGGGAGCUAAGCAACGUCAUGUGCUCCAUACAGCUGACUUCUACCAACGGGGCCCUGUGUAUCAUAAAUCCCCUCUACCUUCGUGAACACGGAGAUGAUUGGCUGACGCACAGGGCGAGUACUACACCGUGCUCCACGCAGCCUUCGAAUUACAGGCGAGAGCGACGCCUCAGCACCACUCGAACGUGGGCAGGGGCAGGGUUACAAAGUAAACGGGCCAUCUCAUUGGACCAGGAGCCCUCUGCUGCCUUUAUGGAGAGUUCUGGUCUAACCAGAGCUAGGUCAGCCGAUUCACCACAUUGCCCCCCGGCCCCGUCAACGCCUGUGGCCCCAGCAGGAGUUGUCCUCAGGAGGCCCAGUCAAGAUUCUGCCAGCAGGCUUCCACACAGAGCAAGUACGGGGAGCCUGCAGCCAUCUCCUCCCUCCACCCCCGGAAGUUUAAAUUGCGCAGCGUCCGAGCUGCAGUGCCAUGGCAGCCCUGUUCCUCAGUCUCCUCACAGGGUGUCCUGGAUUGAAGACGGAGUCUGGCUACCGCCACCCAGACCCUCCUCCUUGCUCCAGCCCCCGUCUCUCGAGCUUGACUCGCUGUCAAUCAGCAGCAUAGAGGAAGAGCAGGACUUCCAAAUGCCAAGCCCCACACCCCACCACCCGUCAGCACACCGCCUGGCCGACAAGGUCAUACAUCGGCUCUCGGCGGUGGGCCAGGCGCUCGGCGGGCUGGUAAGUCAGAAGAAAAGACUGACCAAUCGUGUGCAAGAGCUGAGCGAGCGGAGAGGUGGUGCAUUUGCAGAGGCUGUGAAAGGAUUCGUGGAGAUGACGCUGAAGAGGGGGGCUGAUCCCGACGGGGUCACAGGCUCAGAGUUCUUACAGGAAGUGAGGUCAAAACUUACAUCACUGAGGGAUACACUGUGGGACCUUCCAGAAAUCCAGGCGUUGUUGGACAGCAUUACAGAUCUAAGUGACCCAGCGAUAGACUCGUUGGUGGAGCUCUCCCUCCACAAGGUGGCUCUGAAGCCCGUCUCUGCCCACCUCUACUCCUGCAUCCGCACCUCCCGGACAAACGAUGGCUGCUUCGAGCGUCUCCGGAGCAACCUGCGUGUGCUGGAGCAGAAUGGGGUGGAGGAGCUGGGCGGGUCAGCAGGAGUUGGAAUUCCUGACAGUGUCAGCCUGGAGCGGAUCCAGCAGAGGUGGACUGCAAUGCAUGACGCCUACUCCCCGAACAAGAAGGUGCAGAUCCUGCUCAAAGUCUGCAAGAGCAUCUAUCACAGCAUGACUGCUAAUGCUAGCUCAGGUACAGUAUUUGGAGCAGAUGAUUUUCUGCCCUGUCUGACAUGGGUGCUGCUCCGUAGCGAUGUUGUGACCUUACAGCAAGACACAGACUACAUGAUGGAGCUUCUGGACCCCACACAGCUACAGGGAGAGGGUGGCUACUACCUAACAACUCUAUACGCCGCUCUCUACUACAUCAGCAGUUUCCGUCCACGGCUUGCAGCUCGUCAGCUCAGCGUGGAAGCCCAACACUCUCUUAACCAAUGGCAUCGCAGGCGCACACUGCACUGCAACCAGUCUCGUCGCAGCGUGCAUCGACGGACCAUUCGCAGGCAGAUGUGUCGUGUGCAGAACUCCGAGACAGGGACUGAGAGUAAAGAGGAAAGUGGAAGAGAAAAUGCUGCUGAUCAGUCGCAGCUGCAGACGGAGAGCAGCACAGAGGCUCUGCAGCCACUGAGAGAGGAGACAGGGAGAGGACAAGGAGGCGAGGACCAAUCACAGACAUCUACUCCAGUAUUAGACUGUCACCAGCAAGAGGUAAUACAGGAAGACAGACAGGAAGACAGACAGACUUAAUGUAGAGCAGAGGAAGAGGACCGAAGAGAAUUGCAAUGGAUUGGGGAGGAAAUGGUCUGAGAUGAAAAACAUGUCCUGUCCUGCUCAAACUCCUCUUGUAAAGAGGUCAAAGAAAGCUUUUGAUUAGUGUUACUAACACACUGCUGUCAGUAAAUUACUCCUGUUGCCUAAUUCAGGGUUUGCCAAGCUGGGAUAAAGAUAAAUCUGAAGGGUCAGAAGACGGGUCAAAAGAGAGCGAUAUUUCUCUCAUGACCUUUCUCAAAUUUUAGCUGUUUUCUUACAAAAUACUGAACACUUUUAUUUACCUCAGGGCCUAAAACCUUUCAAAUUAAACAUUCAGGGAAGCAGAAAUCACUAAACUGGCCUAAACUCAUCCAAAUUUAAUGUCAUAGUUGUAUUGUAAAGAAGAGAAUUGUUUACACAAAAAUUUAAUUGAUAAGCUGAUACUUGAGUUAUUUAUAUCUAAUAACUGAUUUCAGUUCGUUAUAAUCUGCUAGUCAGCAGCAAUCAAUCCACAUUUUCCUCAGGAGUUUUGUCACACAGUUAUUAUUUCAUUCAUUAAUUUGCUAAGGUGCCACAUAAAUUGGAAUUGUUUUGUGUGCUGUUUAAUUUAAAUUAAUAUCAUUGUAAUGUAUAAAUAUAUUAAUAUAAAAAUGCAAA